CGCCCGGAUGAACUGGCACGCAGAUCCGAGCUUCGUGUGCCUGAAGAGGGACAGAUCCGGUCCAGCACCGCGUCCCUAAGAGGGACAGAUCCGGUCCAGCACCGCGUCCCUAAGAGGGACAGAUCCGGUCCAGCCGCAGCGGAGGGACACGCCAUUAGAAAACAGACACGCUGCAACUUCUCGGUGGACUGCUGAGGUUUCUUCCACGCGGAGCCAGGAGCGAGUCGCUCCCACAGAAAACACAGCAACAGGGCAAACAGUAUGUCUGAAAAGAAAUCCAGCCAGCGCUUUCACAGCCUGAACACUGAGCAGGUGGAGGUUCUGCAUCAGGUGCUUUCAGAAGUGGUCCCCAUCCACGGCCGUGGGAACUUUCCCACACUGGAGCUGCGUCCUCGUGAUAUUAUCAUAGCAGUGCGGGCCAGGCUGCAAAAGCAGGGAAUCACGGUCAGGGAUGUUCGUCUAAAUGGCUCUACAGCCAGCCACGUCCUGGUUCGGGACAAUGGGACGAGCUACAAAGACCUGGACAUCAUCUUCGGAGUGGAAUUGCCAAGCCAGGAGGAGUUCCAGGUGAUCAAAGAGUCGGUCCUGGGCUGCUUGUUGGACUGCCUGCCCGCCGGGGUCAACAGAGAACGAAUCAGCAGCGCCACAAUGAAGGAGGCAUAUGUUCAGAAAAUGGUCAAAGUUUUCAACGAACACGACCGCUGGAGUCUAAUCUCACUAUCCAACAACAGUGGCAAAAACCUUGAGCUCAAAUUCGUGAGUGCUCUAAGGCGGCAGUUUGAGUUCAGUGUGGACUCCUUCCAGAUCAUUCUGGAUCGCCUCCUAGAGUCCUACAUGCAGCAGGACUCCAUGCAAAACUCCAAUGCUGAAAACCUAAAGGAGCAUUCUGCAGAAUCUGAGAAUAAUUUGCCUGAGCCCAAUCAGACCCCGGCUCCAGAUGCAGAGAAGCACGCUGUCCACUUAUACAAUCAAGCAGGGGGGCAGACAUUUAGGACACCGGAGAAGGAUGAAAAUGAUUUUCAGGCAGAAUUAAGGCAACAAGCUGAACUUUUGGAAGAAACUCAAAGCAACAAAGGGAAAACAUCUGGAGAGCUGGAUUUGUCUAAACACAGAGAAAACCUUAACAAUGAAAACCAACCGUCUCUGAAGAGUGAAGAUACAGAAUCGGAGACAUUGGCUCAAACAGAAGCUAAAUGCAACUCUGUGCUCCUUGAUGAGGUUCCGCAAUCACUAGUGGUAGAUGAGUUGGAGGAAGUGAAGUUUGGUGACAGCCACCAACCAGCAGGUUCAGAUUUCAGAGAGCUCUUUGUUCAGAAGGAACCUGCUAAGUGCAUGAAGCUGCCUGACGAAGGGCAGAUGGACCCUUCUGAUACGCUGAAUGCUUCUAAAAUAACUUCAACAGAGUGUCUAAACCUUGCAGAGGAGCCUGAAAGCACAGAGCCAUCUGAUAAAACAGACUCAUCUAAGCAUUUGAUAGAGGAUCAGAGAAGCAAUGAGGCAGAUAAUACUCAACACGUGUCUGCCUCAGACGCAUGCACAUCUUCAUGUGCGAAGAUCGAGCUGUGCUUUGAAGGAACAGAGAACGGGGAUCAGAUUGAAGCAGAGACGGACAGUAAUAGAAAAAUGGAUGAAAGUGCUCAAGAUUUUUCAGCAUCAGAGGAGAAAGAUUUAGAAGACACACUGAGUAUCGAUUGUUCUGGCUCCACUCUUCCACUUGGCAGCACCCAGCCCACUGCCACACAGGAUACAGCAGACAUUCCCAGCACACAAUCCACAGGUAACUCAGAGAAAACAUCUAGCCCUUCAGAUACUCAGGAUCUUUUACCUCCACCAUCUGGCCUUGCCUCUGACAGAAAGACCUCCUCUCCUCCCACUGCUAAGGUCUCAGAGAGACUGUCUCACAUGGUGGUGCUCAAACACUCAUCCCCCAAACCCCCUCGGCGGAUGUGUAGAAAGGUUAUAUCUAAUGCAUACCCGAUCCGAAUGUCUGAAAGUGAGCUUGCUGCUGCAGCUUGUAUAGAUUUCAACCAUUUCCCUGCCAGUGAAUCCAAUAAAGGGUUUGAUGUGAAGCUGGAGAUUUCUGCAACCAUUCCAUCAACAAGCACUUCUCUCCAAACAAACUCUGGACCUGAGCUUGAUCUUUCAAGUUGCCCAUCUUCAAACCCUGACCUUACUUCAGCUCUGGAUCCAGAGCCUGACAUAAUCUUAACAUUACCUCCAGAUCCCACGUCUUUUUUACCUCAGCAGGUUUCUUCCUCUAAGAUGGACAAACAUGACUUCAGUGAAGUGAGCCUGAAAGAGACGUCCAACACUCCUGCAGUGUCAGGUGGCAAAAGUCAGUCCUGCCUGAAAGAAAAGCUUUUUGAACCCAAACAAUCCAAACCUCUUGGUGCAGUGGAUUUAGUGGGCUCCGUGACCUCUGACCCUGACAAAACAGGCUCCGUGACCUCUGACCCUGACAAAACAGCUGAAGAGUCUCCAGCUGAGAGUGGAGAACCAACCAGGGAGAUGAGCUCGAAUCUGCCGAACAUCACUUCACAAGAAACUAUUCUAAAUGUACCUCUGUCUUCCCCCCCCAUACUCAGCUUGUCUCCUCCUCACUUCACACCCUCCCCCCCAAGCCCAAGUCCACCCCCAUGUUUUACUCCCCCAUCUCCAAUGUUAAGCACCAUGAGUCCUAUGAGCUUCAGCUCUCCACCUCAAAGUUUCAGCCCAACCUCUUCUUGCCUCAGUUCGCCUCCGUACCUCACUCCCCCUAUGCUCAGCCUCAGCCCUCCCCCACUGUGUCCAAGCCCCCCGUCCCCCUGCCUCAGCCCUCCGCUGCUCUGCUUCACCCCACCGGCGGAGUCUGGGGACCUUUUACCUCAGAGAUCUUCAGAUACAAAGUGUUUGCUAUUAAACACAAACAAGAAUGAGGACGAUGAACCUUCUAGUCCUCAGUCAGGAGUUUCUCCUUCACGGUUGGAGGAGAAAGAGGAACAUUGUUAUAUAUCCUCUUUGCCUCAAGUUGUUGAGCCAGUCUCUUUUCCAAUCACAAUUCCAAGUUCCACCUCACCAGUUGAUCCUCACCCUCAGCCCGAGGAUUCAGCGGUACAAACCCCUCCACAAGCCUCUGAGGCAGCCAUCACUGUGCCUGAAAAUAAAGACACUCCUAAGGUGGCCCCAGACAGUGCCCCUCCAGCAUCAAGCUGUGUGCCUGCAGUCGAGGUCUUGGCAGAGAGCAUGUAUGGGGACUUUGAGGCAGCAAUGGACCACCUGCGCUACCGGCUGAUUGCCACCAGAAACCCUGAAGAGAUCAGAGGUGGUGGCUUGUUGAAGUACAGCAACCUGCUGGUCAGAGACUACCGACCGGCCAGCGAGACUCAGAUAAAAACCCUGGAGCGCUACAUGUGCUCGCGCUUUUUCAUCGAUUUCCCUGAUGUGCAGGAGCAGCAGAGGAAAAUCCUGUCCUACUUGAAGAACCACUUCAUCGGCGAAGAGAGGAGUAAGUACCAGUACCUGAUGACCCUUCGUCGGGUCAUAGAUGACAGCACGGUUUGCCUGAUGGGGCACGAACGGCGCCAGACUCUCAACAUGAUCACAGUUCUGGCUCUGAAGGUUCUGGGUGAACAGAACAUCAUACCAAACACAGACCAUGUGACCUGUUUCUACCAGCCAGCACCGUACCUUGCUGAGCACACAUCCCCUUACCUGGCAGAACCAAGCUACUGCAGCUACUACAUACCACAAGGAGGGUCAGCUCUGCUCUACCAACCUUACCCUUUACACCUCCACCCACAGACUGGACUAGUCUGAGACACAGAGUGAGAGAGUGGUUACCAAGAGCUGGAGAAUAGAUGAGCAGUUUGGUCUAUAAUAGACCAGUGUGGGUGGAACUGAGAGGGUUUUACAGGAAACUUCUCCAGAACUCUUGAAGGUUCUAACAUGAUUACAUGGAAUUAUAUCUGGGCUUUGAGGGAAAAUAAUAAUUCUUCCGAUUUUGUUCAAAUUCCAGAAAAUGCUGUAUGCACUGCAUGAGUCAUAGGUCUCUGGUCUCCCUGGGAAACCAACUGUGCUGUUGACAUGCACGCACACACACACACACACACACAGACACACCCCUACUCUUUCUGCUAUAUACAGUGAGGACCAUAUGUUGACUCCCGUUGACUUCCUAUGAUUUUCAGUCAUUUUUAACCCUUUAUAUGCACUAACUUUAAAUCUAUCCUUAACCCAUUAUCAAUUGUCACCUGAGCCGUAAACCUAACCAUUAUCAAUGCAUGCCUCACCCUAACCAUAUCCCUAGCCCUAUACCUAGUGUUGGGAAUUGAUACGAUUUUCAGGAUUCCGAUUCCCUUAUCGAUUCCUUAUCAAUUCACUUAUCGAUUCUGUGAAACAACUAACUUGGUAAGUCCACGGUGACAUUCAUCUACCUUAGCCUGGGAAAUUUCUGCCUGUCUCUGCAAAAACAGAAGGCAGUGAAUGGGAGCUGCAGCCUCUGAUCCAGCCAGGCUACCCGUCUAGUCACAGUCAUCUAAAUCUAAUGGAGAAGGCAUCUGUUUAAUGAAAAAGCAUUACUGUACAAUUCCUGGAAAUUAAUCUCCCCCUGAUUUAAAUAACCGAGCAUCACCUUUUGCUCGCUCCCUGUACUGCGGAGCAACUUGGUAGCAUGUUUAAUAACCCAAAGAGAGGUAGGAAAAGUUUUAUUUUCCAGAAAUGACAUCUGAUUUACUAGGAAUCACAUUAAGCACAGCCAGUGAUAUAAAACUAGUUACGUCCCACCAGAGUUGCCUUCUUUGCUGGUCAUAACUUUAGCUUCUGUCCGGAAGGAUCAAAAACACGGCAUUCAUUAAAAUGUAUGCCAUGUUGUGUGCGCAGGUGUUUCUGCAUUUUGGAUAUAUUUCCUCCAGUCGAUGUUAUUGCCACUUUACAUCCAAACUUUCGAUCGGUUUACCAAAUGGGACGCCAUUUUUUUUGUUUUGCUUUUCUGCACUUACACCUGGUCACGUCAUACUUGUUUAAUGAAUGCUGUGUGCAUAAACUGAUGAAGAUUCUCAGUCAUCCAGGUCAUAGUCAUUCCCUAAAAGUUCAAAAAAUCCACUGGGCUUGGUUUCCAAAGUGUGCAUAAGACGUAACUUGCGUAGAAAAGGCUAGGCUCUGAUGCUGCCUGGAACUGUUAAAGAAUCGUUAAGCAAGCUGCCAAACGGUGCCAUGGAAUUGGAACACACAGAACACAGUUUUCAAUUCCUACCCAUACCUAUACCUCACCCUAAUCAUAUCCCUAACCCUAACUCUGUACCUCACCCUAAGCAUAACCAAUUGACACAUUAGCCCUAAACCUAACCAUUAGCAAAAUAGCUUGUGAGGACCAGCAACAUGUCCUUACUUUUCAACAACUGGUCCUCACUCUGAGGGCUAGACAGGUACACACACACACACACACACACUUCCAGGUUGUUAAGUUGUUGUUCCUGUUCUUACCGUGUUGUUCUUGUUCAGAACGUGGACCUUGCCUGUGGUUGAUAUCGUGCAUGGAUACAUUAGGACUGUUUCUCACUGCCAAAUACUGUGUGACUACUAUGCUUCUCAGACAGUUUGAUCUAACUUUGUCUGUCCUUUACAGAAGGGAUGUCUCAUUAAAAAAUAGAUCUAGUGAGGGAUGAACCUACAAGUGUGUUUUCACCAGAGCAAAGCCAGGAUGAAGCACUGGAAAGAUUGUUGAGCAAUGCAUGAGUAGCUUAAUAGAUCACAAUCAAAUACUUUUCAUUUAUUAGAAAUUGAUCUAUUUUUGCAAGACUUUCCAAGAUUAAAAAUACUGGUUAGUUCCCCCAAAAAGAAUUGCCAACAAUAAUGCCUUUGGUGUAGACUGUACAGCAUAUCGGUUACAGUAUUUCUCGUGCAAAUGCAACGUAUUGUUUUCAGGUAAUCUGUGUUAUAAUGUAGUGAUCGUUUCCUUUACCCUUGUGGAGUUUCCUUUUCUGUAAUAUGUGAGUUAUCGUACCAUCUUGUGUUGAUUUUAAUAUUGUUAAUGUUUACUCAAUGGAGGUUGCCAGGUUCUAACCAUCUUUGGAUCAUCUCAAAGCAAGGCAGUGGAGGAAGAAGCUACGCUCACGCGGGGUGAGUGCUGUUCCAUUGCAGCAUAUGUGACACUGACUGAGUUUAGAAACCUGCACGGCAGCAGCUAUGACCAAAGAUGGUUUGGUUUGGAAAUCAAGUGCCUAAAUGUGAGACAUGGCUGCAUGUCUUUAUCUUACUGCACUGUGGGAGUUAAAGGGGUCGUUCCAGGACUGGGCUGGCUCUAUGUUCAGUUGUUUCACCCCUGUUACUGCUGCCCUUUUUGAUGUCUUCUUUAAUGUAUUCCUUUGUUGUAUUUUAUUU